CUCCUAGCUUGCCUCAUAAUUAGUAAUAUAGGACUAGCUAGUCAUCAUAUUCCUAUAUAAUAUUUUGUCUUUCACUACUACUAUAAGGAACGGUAUAUGAUUAAGAUACCUUAAACUUGAUCAAAUGGAAGACUAACCUACCAAUUAAGUUUCAUCCUCUUAUAUAAAGGCUUUGGUUUUGUGAUCAGAAAGUGUAAGUUUAGGUAUAGCAUCACCAAACUGGUCAAGAAUGGAAGCAGGAAGAAGCAGCAGCAGGAAGCCUUACUUGGUGGUCGUUCUGAUUCAAACAAUAUAUGCAGCCAUGUUCUUGCUCUCCAAGGCUGCAUUCAAUGGCGGCAUGAACACUUUUGUGUUUGUGUUUUAUAGACAGGCUACUGCAACUCUCUUUUUAGUUCCUCUUGCUCUUUCGCUUGAAUGGAAAACUGCGCCACCACUGUCUUUCAUGACUUUCUGCAAGAUUUUUCUUCUAUCAUUUUUCGGGGUUACUUUAAGCUUGGACGUUUACGGCGUUGCCCUUGUUUAUACCUCAGCGACUUUGGCUGCUGCAAUUACAAAUACUCUUCCAGUUAUAACUUUCUUCAUGGCACUUCUGCUCAGGAUGGAGGUGUUGACGCUAAGGACAACCUCAGGUUUGGCUAAGCUUGUAGGGGUACUAUUCUGCAUGGCAGGGGCGGUGACCCUUGCCGUAUACAAAGGCCCCCAUUUCAAUCUCCUGGGGCAUCAUAAUCUUUUCCAUCACCAUAAUAUCCAAGAACAUGAAAGCCAUAUUUCUUCUGGCAAGACAUGGAUAAAGGGUUGCUUCCUCAUGCUGCUGUCCAACACCUUCUGGGGCUUGUGGCUUGUUUUGCAGGGACGAGUCAUGAAAGGCUACCCUUCAAAGCUUCUUUUUACUACUCUACAAUGCUUCCUAAGUUCAAUCCAGGCGUUUGUCAUUGCCAUCGCUGUUGAGAGAAACCCGUACCAAUGGAAGCUUGGAUGGAAUCUCAAACUCGUUGCUGUAGCUUACUGCGGAAUUGUGGUGACCGGCAUUACUUACCAUUUGCAAGCAUGGGUGAUCGAGAAGAAGGAUCCAGUUUUCUUGGCUAUGUCCACGCCAUUGGCGUUGGUCAUCACGCUCUUUGCGUCUGCACUUCUCCUGGGAGAAAUCAUUAGCCUGGGAAGUAUCUUAGGUGGGCUCUUAUUGGUUGGAGGGUUGUACAGUGUUUUAUGGGCAAAGAGCAGAGAGCAAAGUAUAGUUAACGAGAGUUGCUCAGGAGCUGAAGUUGUCAAAGACUCCUCAAAGCUAAAAGAAACAAAGGACGACUUUGUUUCUGUAGCGUAAUAUGUAACAUCAUGUUCUUGAAUUCAUAUCGAUUAGUGACAUUAUUAAUGAUCGAUGUAUACAUCAAUGAAGAUGUAAGCUAUGAUUUUUGGAAUAUUUUUAACUAUAUACAGUAUACCGUGGAGGAUUGGAGAGAUCGAUACCGUAAAUCCGCCAUUGAGGUUAAUAGGCAGCCUCCCCCUUAUGGUUGUUUCAAUUCAGCUUGAUACUGAUGGCAUGGGGCUCGGAAGAGUAGCUCGGUGAACUGGUGAAGGCUGGUCAUGGUUUGGUGUUUCGGAUUAUAAAGGUAAUGUGUUCUUGUUGGUACGUGGUUUCUGCUCAAAUUUAGAGAUGUAGAGCUCGGUUGCUGUUGAAGUGAUGAUGAGUGUCAUUCAAGCGCUAUUGAAUUGGCUUGGGUGAGAGAAUGGAAACAUAUUUGGUUAGAAGUGAAUCUGAGAUUGUGCUUAACUUUCCCCAAUACGGACAUCUUCAUCUUUAGUACGUACGUACCUUGGCGAGCUAGUCAGCAUAAAGUGGAGAAAUUCCUUGCAUCCUAUCUCACAACUGCAUUUCCAUUAAUCAUCCCAUAUUUUAGUGAAGAUAGUAUAUCAAGUUGUGGAUGCUUUUGAAAAUCAUGCCAUAAACGUACUCAAUAGAUUUUAUUGGGUGGGAUAUAGUGAUAUACCACUGGAUCCCUAUUUAUCACUAAAUUUCUGUAAUCGUGAUUGGUUAGGUCUUUCUAAUUUCCGGUCA